GUUGAACGACUCAGCCCUGGAGAACCACCACCACUUGGAGAACGAUGCGUUCUCCGACAAGUCCGAGAGGGACAACGUGGAAGAGUCGGAGAACGAGACCCAGGAGAACAGCAGGAAGACAAAUGAAAGUGAGAGCGACCAGUCAGAAAUCCACGGGGAGGCCUCCCCAGGGGGGAAGGGGACGACUUACAUCGAGCAGGUCUAUGAAGAAUUUGGGGAGACGGGAGAAUCGUCUCAAACAGAAACUGUCUCUGAGGAGAACAAGAGCCUGAUGUGGAUCCUGCUGAAGCAGCUGCGGCCGGGCAUGGACCUGUCGCGGGUGGUGCUGCCCACCUUCAUCCUGGAGCCACGCUCCUUCCUGAACAAACUCUCAGAUUACUACUACCACGCCGACCUGCUCUCCCAGGCUGUCCUUGAAGAUGAUCCAUACAGCCGAAUGAAGCAAGUUUUGAGGUGGUAUCUGUCCGGCUUCUAUAAGAAGCCAAAGGGAAUAAAGAAGCCAUACAACCCUAUUCUGGGAGAGACCUUUCGCUGCUGUUGGUUCCACCCUCAGACAAACAGUCACACCUUUUACAUAGCUGAGCAGGUCUCCCAUCAUCCGCCAGUGUCAGCUUUUCAUGUCAGCAAUAGGAAGGAUGGAUUCUGCAUUACUGGCAGCAUUCUAGCUAGGUCCAAGUUUUAUGGUAACUCACUUUCUGCACUGCUGGAUGGGAAAGCAAAGCUUACAUUUCUAACACGGGGGGAAGAUUAUAUCAUCACUAUGCCCUAUGCCCACUGCAAAGGACUUCUGUACGGCACCAUGACAAUGGAGCUUGGAGGGAAAGUUACCAUCGACUGCGAGAAGACUAACCACAGGGCAGAGCUGGAGUUCAAGCUGAAGCCCUUCUUCGGUGGCAGUGCAAGCAUUAAUCAAAUCUCUGGGAAGAUUAAAUCAGGAGAAGAGGUGCUAGCCAGUCUCAGCGGACACUGGGAUGGAGAAGUGCAUAUAAAUGAGUUGAAAACGGGGAGCACAGAAGUGUUCUGGAACCCCACCAGUGAGGUGCGGAGGCAGAGGCUGAAGCGCCACAUCGUGCUCUUCGAGGAGCAGGAGGAAUUCGAGUCGGAGAGGCUUUGGCAGCACGUUACCAGUGCAAUAAACAAAGGGGAUCAGCACAAGGCGACGCAGGAGAAGUCGGUGCUGGAGGAGGAGCAGCGGAGCGCCGCCCGGGAGCGGAGGGAGAACGGCACCGAGUGGAGGCCGCGGCUCUUCCGGCAGGACGCGGCGAGCGACGCGUGGCACUACAGACACGAGGAGUGA